AUGGGCAUGAUCCGAGCAACUGCCGGGCAUUCUUCGUUUAUCCAUGCCUCAGACGAGCAGCUGCAAAUGCGAUGUGGCGAUGUGGUAUUCCCGCCUCACUUCCGGCACUAUAAUUCGGUUUGGCAGGGCAACUUUCCAUGUAGUGGACGCAUCUGGAGACGGCAGUGUACCUCGCAGGCUGUGCUGCUGUCUCCCGCGUACGAGAUUAUUUUUGAGAUCGUUUUCGUCGGGGUGCUGCCAUUAGUGCAGGCCCUUUGCGCUCAAGGAUCCUGCGACGCCUUAGGCGUCCUGACGUUGGUCGUUGUUCAGGCAUUCCACAUGCAAGGCGAGCAGAGGCAUGUUGCACGAUUCUAUGGAUUGGGGAACCCAUCCUCAGAUGGGGAUGCUCAGGCACCCCUAGUUAUGCCUGCACAAAGGCAGGCCGGAAGACUGCAGCACCGAGCAACCCCCUUUGCCCCACAGCUCUAG